AUGAUUGAAAGUAAGGUUGAAUUGGUAGCAGAGCUAGUUUUAGAAUCUAUCGGUAAAACAAAUGUGGUUUCAAGACAUACAGAGGGAACCAAAUCAAGCCAAGUGAGUUUCCGCAUCAUCGGUUCUCCCAAUGACGAGGGUAAAAAUUCAUCCCCCUUUGAGUUAACGGUGAUUCAGACCCUGGAUGAUAACGACAAGUAUACCGUUGUUAUUCGUCAUGGUACAUUAAUCAACAUGGCAUGUGUGGUGAGUUAUGAUGACUUCAAACUGCCCGCAGAAUUGAAAUGGCCUUUGGAAAGGGAGAAGCUGCCUGCAGAGCCAGACUUGAAGCCUGUUAUGGAACAGCUUAAGAAACAAACCGCUGGCAGCGUAGACGUACCAAAGUUUGAUGAUGAGUAUCAGGUACAAACAGGACAAAAUCAGGGAGCGACACCAUUGAACCCAUAUCCAGGUCUCACAGUGACUGAACCCAGCUUCACUAACCCAAUAGGAGGUUAUGCGGACCGUGAUCUGUACCCCAUUGGCACAAGCCACCCAGAUUGGUCUCGAGGGAUCCCCAAUCCCUUGGGAGCUCCGGGAAGUCAAGGUGGUAUGAUAUUCGACCCGAAUAGAAGGCCUCCUCAAAGACGGGAAGAUAUGCCACCAGGUUGGAUGCCUGGAUCCAAAUAUGACGAACCAUUUGGUCCAGGAUCUGGAGGGUUUGGCGCGUCAGGACCUGGCUUCAUUUAG